GUUUCGGCCGAUGACGGCAUCAAAGGGAAAAGAUGCAGGUGAAAAAGUUGGAGAGACUGCCGGUAAAGGUGGAGGUGGCUCUGGUUCGGACUUCGCACCUCCACACUCCAGGGUCCGCCGAUUCUACGGUGGUGGUGGAGGCCCUGGUGGUUUUGGAGGGCCUGGCGGUUAUGGCGGUGGAGGCCCUGGUGGUUAUGGAGGACCUGGCGGUUAUGGCGGUGGAGGCCCUGGUGGUUAUGGUGGUGGUGGAGGCCCUGGUGGUUAUGGUGGUGGUGGUGGAGGCCCUGGUGGUUGUGGCGGUGGUGGAGGGCCCGGUGGUUAUGGAGGCUAUGGUGCUGAUGGUGCUGGUGCUCCUCCUCCUGCCGAUGCAGGUGGUGGUGGAGCUUCUGGUGGUAGUCAUAGUGGCGACAGGACCAUAACAAACACCAUCAGUGGCGGCUAUGGAGGCUAUAGUGCUAACGGUUACCCUAGCGCCGCUGACGCUGUAGGUUACCAAUUCAGGAGGCCAAUGCCCGGCAAUCGUUGGUUUCGGCCGAUGACGGCAUUGGAGGGAAAUGAUGCAGGUGAAGAAGUUGGAGAAGCAGGCGGUGCUGGUUUGGACUUCACACCUUCACAUUCCAGAGUCCGCCGUUUCUACCACCUUGGCGGUGGUGGCGGCCCUGGUGGUUAUGAAGGCUAUGGCGGUGGUGGAGACCCUGGCGGUUACGGAAGCUAUGGUGAUGGGGGCCCUAGUGGUUAUGGAGGCUACGUUGCUGAUGGUACUGCUGCUUCUCCUAGUGAUGGAGGUUCUAGUGGUGGCAAUGGAGCUCCUGGUGGCAGUUCUAGUGGCGCCAGGACAAUAAUAUCCUCCAUAAGUGGAGGUUCUGGUGGCACCAGGACCAUAACAUCCACCAUUAGUGGCGGUUACGGAGGCUAUAGUCUUGAUGGCGGUGGAGGCCCUGGUGGUUAUGGUGGUGGUGAAGGCCCUGGUGGUUAUGGCGGUGGAGGCCCUGGUGGUUGUGGCGGGGGUGGAGGCCCCGGUGGUUAUGGAGGCUAUGGUGCUGAUGGUACUGGUGCUCCUCCUCCUGCCGAUGCAGGUGGUGGAGGAGCUUCUGGUGGUAGUCAUAGUGGCGACAGGACUAUAACAAACACCAUCAGUGGCGGCUAUGGAGGCUAUAGUGCUAACGGUUAUCCUAGCCCCGCUGACGCUGUAGGUUACCAAUUCAGGAGGCCCAUGCCCGGCAACCCGUGGUUUCCUCAACGCUAA